GUUAACGCGUUGGGAGCGAUGACGUAAAACUCCUGCGACUCCAGUCUCGUGAGUCGCACGAAAACAAUCAAUUGGGCCGAGUGUGCGAGCAAUAUUCGCUAGCCCUGCUCACAAACGUUACGUUUGAAACAACCGACACCGCGUGAAAAUGACAGUGUGCAAUUUUUUUCUUCAGGGCCGUUGUCGUUACGGCGAUAAAUGUUGGAAUGAGCACCCGACCGGAGGAAACAGAGGAGGAGGUGGAGGGUUUGGAAACAGAGUUUGGGUGAAUCCUUCCCAGCAAAAAGGAGGCUAUAUCCAGCCUUCAUCUUUCUCCUCUCAUGGAACUGAGGAGUGGGGUCGAGGAGGAGGAGGAGGAGGCGGGGGAGGGAAUGACUGGGGCCGAGGAGGAGGAGGGAGAAGAGAUAACAUGAAGAGCUCCGAAUACGACUACUCUUCUCAAAACAAAUUUUCAGCCCUUGGUACUCCCAGUACCUUUGACAGGGGAGGAAGAGGAGGAGCACAACAGGUGCCAGCUGGUGAGGAAGAUGAUGACAAAAAACUGGAGAUUAUUCAGAUGGACAUGGAUAUUUGGGAGAGUUCAGGGCAGUGGGGCUUUUCGUGUUAUUCCAGCUUCAAGACAUCUUUAUCUGGUUUCACCGAUCUCUCCCCAGAAGAGCUCAGGCUGGAGUAUUACUCUACAAGAGCUUCAGGAGAUCUGCAGAGCUAUGUCAAUGGUAUCAAUCAGUUGCUCAACCAGUGGAGAAGCAGAGUCCAGGAACUGAAGGUUAUGAAUCCAGCCACCCGCGCAGCUUUGCUUGCAGAGAUAAACAACCCAGCACCUCAGGCAUCUUCAACUGGCUUUGGUUCUGCAACAGUGACUGGAUUUGGAUUGUCUACACCCAGCGUGGAAAGCAAAGGCUUUGGGGCUCCAGCACCGGCCCAGGCCAACACUUUCAGCUUUGCUGCUCCAAGUGGUGGAUUUGGUUCCUCAGCGGCACCAUCUUCAACAGGUUUUGGCAGUGCCUUAGCAGCUCCGACACAACCUCCCUCUGGGUUUGGAUCCUCCACUGCAGCCUCGUCUGCUCUUUCUGCUUCUUCUUUCUCCUUUACUGCUCUGACCACCGACAAGCCAGCAGCCACUUCAGGAUUUGGCUCUGCCUCGGGGUUCUCCACCGGCGGAGGAUUCGGGAGCGGUUUUGGUGCUGAAGCACCUGCUGCAGCAGGAAGCGGCAGUAGUUUUGGACGGGCGAGUGGAGGGUUUGGGACAACCCCUGCUCCAGCUGCAGCAGGAGCCGGGUCUGCCGGUCAGGCAUUGGACAGUCUUUUUUCAAAUGAGAGCAAUAUGACUCCAGAGGAACUUAAUCAGUUCAAGGCUAAGAGGUUCACUCUCGGCCAGAUUCCUUUAAAGCCUCCCCCAGCUAACAUGCUAGUGGUGUGAUGCUCUAGGGAAACGAUUCACACGAUUUUUAAAAUAAAGAAAUAAUUUAUACAAAGUUAAGAUUUUCUUCUGCAUAGAGCUUCUGUUUAAACCAAACUCGUAUACUUUUUAAGAUAUGGCUAAUGUUUAAAUACUUAAGAUCAAUUCUGACAGGGAAAAAUCUCUAUGGUUCCAUUUAAUAUUUUUGUGUAAAUGCAUGGCAUGAUUUAUGUACAGUUGUACAAUACACAGUACAUAUUUUUAGAUGUCUUUUGUCAUAUAGUAUAAGUGCUAUUUUCAGAAUUGUUCUGAAUCUAUUUGCCCAUUUUACUUUUUCCCAUUUGUUGAGAUGCUGACAGUAAACUGAUCAGUUGAUGAGCAAAGUUUCUGAAAGUUUAUUAGCAUGAUUGUGUUUGAACAUGAUCUACAGUAUAUUACAAAACAAAUGUGCCUUAAACUUGGUUGGAAACUUUUAUCUGCACAAAACUCUUGCAACAAUUCAGGCAUAUUGUCCUCUUACCUAGAAAUGUAUUUCACAGAAUGCUUCAUUGUAGAAUAAAAGAGUAUCCUCUGGUAAAUAUACUGUAAUCUUAUCUUAAUAAAUAUCUGCAUUUAUAACAGC